AUGAAUGAACAAAAGGGCGCUGGAGUUUUGCGAAAUUGUUUAGUGAAAAAAGAGGUCCUUCAAGACGUGGACAGCAUCUGGCAACUUCUCGAGCGGUGGACUUAUCUCCCGCUGGCCAUCUUUCAGGCUGCUUCGUUCAUCAAUAAAAACGGUACAACGAUCAAGGGGUAUGUGCAUCUUUUGGACGGCCAAGAACAAACCGCCAUUGAUCUUCUGGGUGAAGACUUGGAGGAUGAGGGCUGGUACAAAAGCAUUCAAACCCCUGUGGCAAUCACAUGGCCUGUGUCUCUCCAUCAAAUCCAACAGAAAUUCCCUCUCGUAGAUAUUUGGUUAUCUUACAUGAGUUGCAUGGCGGAAAAAGAUAUACCAGCAUGCCUCCUUCCUUACGAUGGUGAGAUUGACAAAGAGAAACAAUUGGCGUCCUAA